GAGAGAGAGAGAGAGAGAUAUAUAUACAUAUAUAAUCAUGGAAUCGAUGGUGCCGUCUUGCACGUCGGGACUCCUGGUGCCGGGCAAGACCGUCGACAUCAAUACCUACCACUCGAGCUUCUACUCGCCUCCGCCCACCGAAGCGUCGAGGUCGGGCUACGACUCGGACAGCGUGGACGAGUCGGAGGGCGAGUACGCGAUCCUACCUUCGGUCCACAAUCAGAGGACGACGAGCAAUAGCAGCAGCGCCACCAGCACGCAACAGCACCAACAGCAGGUCAAUCCUGGCGGUGGAACGACUGGGCAGGGCAAACACAUCAACAAGGGCCGCUGGACCAAAGAGGAGGACGAAAAGGUGGUGGAGCUGGUGCAGCGAUACGGCCCGAAAAAGUGGACGCUCAUAGCCCGACACCUCAAGGGUAGGAUAGGCAAGCAGUGCCGCGAGCGCUGGCACAACCAUUUGAAUCCGGGGAUAAAGAAGACCGCGUGGACCGAGGCCGAGGACAUGAUCAUCGUCGAGGCCCACAGACGGGUCGGCAAUCAGUGGGCCAAGAUAGCCAAACUGCUGCCUGGUAGGACCGACAAUGCCAUCAAGAAUCACUGGAACAGCACCAUGAGGCGCAAGUACGAGGCGGAGGAGGGACGGACAACCACGACGAGGGGUCGAGGUAGGCGAAAAACUGGCGAACAGACGUUGAGGACGGACGACCGGUCGCGCAAGCAGCAGCAGCAGGUGCAGCAACAUCACCAGCAACAGCAAGUCUCGUCGACGUCGACAAUGAAUGGCGCUGGCGAGGACAGCAACAACAUAUCGGUCGCUGUGUCGGUCAAUUUGGCCCACCAGAGCAGUGAUUUCGAGGCGCUCGAGUGGGCCCGUGCCUGGGAACAGGAGCACCAGCAGCAGCAACAACAACAGCAGCAACAACAGCAGCAGCAACAGGCGCACGAUCGUCGUGGUUCAGGGCACUACGGUGAUGCGAUGCGGUUGGACGAUCGUCAGCCGCAUCAUCUCGAGUCGUCGCCCAGGCGACGUAUCGAUCAAGUCUCUCCCUUCUCAAAGUUUUUCGGACUCGAGAUGGCAAACGAUCCGCAGUCGUCGCGCUCGGCCGAUAUCCAGCUACUGCCGAUGCCGGAUCUCGAGGAGGACGAGGUGCACGAUCGUGAAAAGUCCAGUCCGCCUCCGAUCUUGCGCAGACGGCGGAACCAGCUCCACCAGCACCUCGAGAACCAUCACCAGCAGCAACGCACCGUCACGCCCGACAGCGGCAACCAGUCGGAUUACCUGUUGCACGCGUACCACCAGUCGGGCUCGUCGCAGAUCGGCCUCUCGACGCCCUCGACCCCGAUAAAGCAGCUGCCCUUCAGUCCCUCGCAGUUUCUCAACAGCCUCAGUCCGGACACGUCGUCCUGGCCCAGAGCCAGCACACCGAAAGGUAGUCCCGGAAGCCUCACGACGCCCCAGCCGUCCAAUCUCAGACGAGACGGUACGACGCCGCGUACACCGACGCCGUUCAAAAACGCCCUGGCUGAACUGGAACGGCGAAGCGGAGCGACGCAACAGUUGCCGGCGACUCCAAGCCGGCUGGACGCGCUCACGGAGAUCAUCAAGCAGGAGACGGACCGAGAGAGUCUCGCGGGCACGAGCAGCAGCAGUACGGCGAACACGGUAGCCACGACGGCCUCGACGACGAGCUUACUUCAGGACUCGGGUUACGGGACGGGCCGGCGACGGGGAAAGGAGAAUAGCGCGCCCGGCGGCAAAAGGGCGCGCAAGGCCCUCUGCCAGGCAUGGUCGACCCACGAGAGCUCCGACAUGAAUAGCUUCGCCAUCGAAACGCCGAGCAAAAGUGUGGAUACGUCGGUACUGUUUUCACCAGCGUCAAUGGCAUUGGACGACAGUUUCUUAACGACCGGGCCGAGUCCCGUAAAGAACUCCCACGACUUUGCGCCCAUAGUACAGCGGAAAUCCAACGCCAAGAGAGCUAUAUCGUUCGACACGUUCGACUGCCCCAGCGACUACACUAACGCGACUAACAAUAGUAGUCUGGUGCCAUCCAAACGUACGAAGAUCCAACUGGAAGUUCAAUGGACGGCGGUAGCUUGUGGCAGGACACGCGACCAGGUCGAGAUGACACAGGCGGCCCGUCAGUUUCUGACGAUGCACGGCUACAAUACUCUGAGGCCGCGCUCCCUCAAUUUCUGACCUUCUGCCAAUUCAUCGUCCUCCUCGUCGUCGUCCCCUCCUCCGUCUCCCUCUUUGGAACAAUCGUCGUCGUCGUCAUCAUCGUUGUCUACGAGCGCCAAUUGAAGAUUCAUGCAACAAUAUAGUUGGUCAUAACUGCUUGUGCCAAGCGACACAGCUGUAUUACUCUAAAUCUGCCCCAUCACUAUAUCGUGAUAGAGAUGAAGAUGACGCAUACACAUAUAUAUAUAUUUACCCACAUACUCUUUUUUUUACGUGUUACAAAAGAGGAGGGACUCCCCACGACUGAUUAAAAAUGUAUUUAAUGAAUUAAAUGUAAAUGGACUGUAAUGAUCGGUUUAAAAAAAACCAAGUCACAUAAGCGAGUCAACCAAUCUUGUGAUUGUUAGUGCAAAAACAAAAACUACGGAAGAGAAAUUAUAAUAGAGUCCUUUUUUUGAAUAUAAAUAUUUUUUACAUUGCGCGUUUCGUCAGAUGUGUGAAUGAAUGAGAAUAAUAAUGAUAAACAUAAAAAAAGAAAAGCUGACAAACAGAAACAAAAAAAAGUGUCGUGUACAAACGAACGUGUGGCGAUAAGAUAUUAAAGAAAAAUUGUAAAAUGGGGCGCUCUCCUUCCGCUUUGCGAAAGCGCGCGAAUCAAUUUAGUCCAAAUGAAUGCGUAAAAGCAGUUGUAAUAAUUUAUAAUAGUCAUAGCAAACGCGUUUCACGAGCUUUCUCGUCUCAUAAUAUAAUUAAAUUAUCCAAGUUUUUUGUAGAUGAACUUUUUUAAAUGCGUGAAGAGAUCGAGACUCGUGUACGCGUCAUCUUUACGUUUUUUGUACUACUUUAUUCAGUGAAUUUUUACUUAAAACUGUUUUUUUUUGUAUAUUUGUUUAUUAUAAAACUUUUUCUUCUUAGCUGA